AUGUUAUACCGAGGAACAGCGGCGCGGAUCGGAUGGCUUUGUUUGGCGGUAUUGGCCGCACUUGUCGCCACAGUCUUUGGCGGACGGCACUCUUUCCGACAGCUAUGCAUCACAGAGAGCCAGCAACGAGGACGAUGCGUGCCGGUGAAACAGUGUGAUAGUGUGCUGGUGACGCUGCGUAAAGACUCCCUCACAAACGAGGACAUUCAGUUUCUCUACAGCACGGAAUGUGGCCGCACGCCAGAAGGCAAAGCUCUUGUAUGCUGUGUUCAAAGCUCACUCAUUCCCGUGGAAAGUACGAUAAGCUCAAGUAAUCGCGUAAGUGAACCGGAAACUGCAACCACUCCUGCAGCCGUUGGAACAAGGGAAUGCGGUGUGCAGUUCAACGUUGAGCUGCGCUCAGCCAACUACAGCAUCGGUCACCAUCCCUGGACGGUGCUGUUACACUACGGAAAUCAACCUCACGAAAGCAGGUUCAUCUGCGGUGGUACGCUUAUCUCGACGCAGUACGUUCUCACCUCGGCCAGUUGCGUGGACGAAGCAGACACGUGGAACAAUUUGACGGUUCGAUUUGGUGAGUGGGAUCUCGAGUCAGCGAUCGAUUGCAUUCUAACACCGGAGGGUAACGAUGUGCUCUGUGCCGAUCCUUCGUACGACGUGUUAGUGUCCCGGGUGAUCCUGCACGAAGCGUACGAUGGCCGGCGGAAUGAUCUCGCCCUGCUGCGACUGUCUCGGCCAGUGGAAAUCACCGAUUGGGUUGCACCGAUCUGCCUUCCAGAGUCACCCGUCGUGAACGAAACCUUAACACACUACGCGUCAGGCUGGAAUCAGAACACGUGCGAGGACAACGUCAGCCGCUUCAAACUUCUCUCCAGCUAUCGAGUUACCAACCAGACGGACUGUCAGCGACAUGUCCCCUCAGUCGCGGGCACAUCGUACAACUUCGUGUGUGCCUCUUCUCUGGAACAAGCGUACGGAGAUACUGGGGCCGGCUUGACGGUGGCGCGAUCCAUUGGAACCACUAAGACGACCUACGAACUGAUCGGUGUCCUGAGCUCACUGACCAACUGUGCGAAUUUUAAUGGAGUUGCCGUCUACACCAAGGUGGGUCAGUACUUGGACUGGAUCGAGAACCAGCUGCAACUCGCUGCAGCCCAUGGGUACUCGUCGAUCUUGGUUCGCUCACCACCGAUAAUGCGAUCCGUGUACUGUACGCCACAGUCGUCGGGCAGUAAUCUGCGCUUCUGUUCCACUGACAACCUGUUCUCGACCGGCCCACUAGCCGCUGGUGGUGUAGCCACCGUCGGCGAGACAGUGCUCGUGGGACUGUCCGGUUGCUGGCAACAAACCAGCGCUUUACGAUCGAUCACGCCGCAGCGGCUACUCUCAAGAAAACGCACAUCAUUCGUCGUCAGCAGCGGUUUGUUGAGCAGUUGCCGCACUAGCGGACACUGGGCCACCAUCACGCAGGUAUGCUGCGCCGGCGUUAAAGAGAAGGAGGAAACAACGCUUCCCGAGCCACCGAACUGCGGUAUCCAGCUGUCGGACCGUUUGAUUGGAGGACAGCCCACAAAGAUCGAUGAAUUUCCGUGGACGGCGCUGAUCGAAUAUCAGAAGCCGAACGGUCAAUUCGGAUUCCAUUGCGGAGGUUCUAUCAUCAACGAACGCUACGUCCUAACUGCUGGCCAUUGCAUUAACGCGAUUCCUAAAACUUGGAAGCCAUACCGUGUGCGCCUAGGCGAAUGGGAUCUUGCAUCGGCCAACGAUAAAGAGGAUGACUUCAGCUCCAACGCCCCGAUCGAUCUGGAUAUCGAGAAGAUCAUCGUGCAUGCUGACUACGAUCCGCGUGACAAGAGCAACGUGAACGAUAUCGCGUUGAUUCGAUUCACCCGGACGGUCCAUUACUCCGAGACGAUCCGACCGAUUUGUCUGCCGCUUGCGGACUCGGUUCGCAAUCGUAAUCAUGCCGGAACGUCCAGCUACGCUGCCGGAUGGGGGAAAACGGAAACAGCCACGGCAAGUGAAAAGAAGCUGAAGGUGGAGCUAACCAUCAAAAGCUUGCAAGAGUGCUCUCCGGUGUACCAACGCAGCGGAAUCAAACUAACACAGGGCCAAAUGUGCGCCGGAGGAGUUCGAGACAAGGACACGUGCAGUGGCGACUCGGGUGGACCGUUGAUGCGGCAGCUUGCCGGAACAUGGUAUCUGGUUGGCGUGAAACCAGUGUCCAACCAACGCCCAAGCAACUACAACGAGAUGUUGCCGGGGAUAGUGACCGCGGCUCGAUGGGGGUUGCUGCUGAUUUGCUUCCAGUUAAUAGCUGCGCAAAGAGUUUCGGCACUGCUGCCUGGUCAAAGCUGUGUGAGCCCCAAUCGGGAGCCGGGAAAAUGUGUGCUAUUCCAAGAAUGUCCAUCACUGGUUGCGCUCUAUAAUAACCAGUUCAGCACUGCUGACGAUGUGCAGUUCCUGAAGCAAAGCCAGUGCGGUGUGUUGCAGAAAAAAGUUCUGGUAUGUUGUGCCGUAUCUAAACAGAAAGCGUCACUACCAGAGUCUCCGAAGUGCGGCGUCCAGCUAUCGGAUAGGUUGUAUGGCGGACAACCGACAGCAUUGGACGAGUUCCCUUGGACGGCAUUGAUCGAGUUUCAGAAGCCGGACGGUAGUUUCGGGUUCCACUGCGGAGGAUCGCUUAUCAACCAACGUUACAUUGUAACAGCGGCUCACUGCAUCGAUGCGAUUCCCCGGGGCUGGAAGGUGCACCGAGUGCGCCUUGGUGAGUGGGAUCUGGCCUCGGCUACCGACUGUCAGAAUGGAUUAUGUUCCAAUGCUCCGAUCGAUCUGGACAUCGAGAAGAUUGAGGUGCACAGCAAUUAUGACUCACGCGAUCAGAGUAACGCCAAUGAUAUCGCGCUGAUUCGGUUUACACGCGACGUGUCGUACUCCGAGACAAUCCGUCCGAUUUGUCUACCGCUUUCGACCUCGAUUCGUAGUCGGAAUCACGUUGGCUUGUCAAGCUUUGCCGCGGGCUGGGGAAAAACCGAAAGUGCCUCGGCAAGCGAUAAGAAGCUAAAGGUCGAACUAAACAUCAAAAGUCUGCAGGAUUGCACCUCAAUUUACCAGCGAGGUGGAAUUAAUCUCAAAUCGACACACAUGUGUGCAGGAGGAGUUCGCGGCAAGGACACGUGCAGUGGCGACUCGGGUGGACCGUUGAUGCGGCAGCUCGCCGGAACAUGGUAUCUGUUGGGUGUGGUCAGCUUUGGACCGCAGAAAUGCGGUACCGCCGGAGUCCCAGGAGUUUACACGAAUGUGGCCGAGUAUGUUGACUGGAUUAAAGACCACAUCUACUAGUACCGUGCAAGUGAAGCAAUAAAAACCAUUUAU